UAGAUAUGCAAUGGCUUCAGAAUCCAACAUAGAUAAAGAGAGCCAAGACAUAGAAAGUGAACAUACACCUCUCAAUCCCACAGAAGAAGACCAAACAACAAUAAAAGACACUGUUACAGACAAAAAUAACAAAGAAAGUUCAGGAAACAAAGAUCAAGUCACUCUUAGUUAUCCUCUACAGCCAAAACCUCCUGUGGUCAGAUUUUCAUCUCACAAGGGAGAUAACACUGAACAGGUGGAAGUAAUUGAGUACACGGACACUGAAGUAAUGGAUCCAGAUUCAUCCAAUGAUUCCAGUUUAUGUAAGGCCACCAAAGGGCCACAUAUAACCCUGAUGACUGUACUUUUAUGCCCAGUUGCCUUUUUCCCAUCAUUAACUGUGGCCUUUUACUAUGGCGCCUGGACGUGGUACAACUUGUACAUAUACUACAGUGAAGAAAGAACUAUGUGCCAUAAGAUCUUCAUUUGUCCUCUCCUCAUCAUUACCUUUCCACUAACUGUUGGAUUGAGCUCUAUAGGAAUAGCAGUAUUUGCAGCAUUUAUUCAAAUCUCAUGGUCUUUUAUUAGGUGGAAAAUAGAGUUUUUAGAUUUUGAGAAAGGUUUUUAUGGGUGGUUGUGUUAUAAGUUAGGUUUACCCAUGUGUUCACCUUAUGAGGUCAUAGAAUACACUGAUGAUUCAGAACUCGAACCAAUGAGAACAUGAUUUUUUCUAUUUUUACACUUAAAAACAUGUUUACAGAAAUUCAAUGUUUAUUUAUAUUUGAUGUCCAAGUGUUUUAAUAUUAUGAAGAAUAAAAUUGUUUUUGUCUUUUCUUUUUUUCCUCACAAUUAUGGAUCAGUAUUUCAUCAAGAUUUAUUUUUCUGUCUUUAGAGAUGAAAAUUCUUAGUCAAAAGCAUAUGAUAAUU